AUGCCUUCUAUUAUUAAUCCUUUGCAGGUUGCUUUCAUCAAGGAUCGGCAUUUGGAGGACGCUGUUGUCCUGGCUAAUGAGGCAACAGUCAUUGGCUUCCUCACGCUGCAUUCGCUCCCCUACCUACAGACCUUCUCCACCCUUCAGUAUGCUGAUGACUUUUUCAUGUUCAGCAAUGCUUCCCGCCAAGAGAUUGUGAGAACUUGGCUCAUCCUUCGGGUUUUUGAGGUCAUCUCGGGUCUUUCUAUCAAUUCCGCUAAAUGUCACAUUUCCGUCAUUCAUGCGGAUCCGGCCACGGUACUUCUCGCUGAAGCAUGCUUUGAGUGUAAGGCUGCUGGCCUGCCCAUGGACAACUUGGGGCUUCAGAUUACGUUAUCGCCUCCUGCACCAUCCUUUUGGAAUAGAGUGGAGCAGAAGCUUAUUGAUCGCCUUCAAUGUUGGCAGAGAAAACUGCUUUCUCUUUCAGGCCGUAUUACUCUUGCGAGGCACUGUCUUGCGUCUGUCUCUCUCCAUGCUGUGGCUGUCUAUCGGCCUCCUGUAGCUGUCCUAAGUUUGUUUGAUAAGAUUAUUCGUAAGUUUAUCUGA